AAGAGCAUAUCCGCGCUCCGGUGGCACAACUAGAGACGUUUUACAAGAAGAAACAGCUAGGAGCAACAGAUAUACUUAUUUGCUGUCACCAAACCAGUGCACUUAAAGAAAAAGAUAGAAAUAGCACAAGAGAAUUGCUCCAAGUUUGCUAACCGUGCACUACAAACAUGAUGAAGGUCCUGUUAUUGACGCUCUGUGUCGUCCUUCUCACCCGUGACGUCAGGUCACAAUCUUCCAGUGCUUCUUCUUCUGCUGCUGCCUCUGCAAGUUCUAACAGCGCCGCCGCAUCAUCUUCAGCAGCCGCAUCAUCUUCAGCAGCCGCAUCAAGUGCGUCCGCCGCCGCCUCCUCUGCCGCCGCUUCCUCCUCGGCGGCCGCUUCGUCAUCUGCUGCUGCCGCCUCCUCAUCAGCUGCAGCUUCAUCGUCAGCAGUUGCAGCAUCCAGCGCUGGCGCAUCCUCAUCCGCGAAUGCCGCAGCGACGUCCUCAGCCAGUGCUGCUGCAGCCACUACAUCAGCUGCUGCUGCAUCAUCAGCGGGCGGUGGUGCUGCUACCACCGUGACCAAUACGGCCACCUCUGCUGCCAGUUCAUCGAGCUCAUCUGCCUCUUCUUCUGGAGGUGUUAGCUGUAAAUCCUGCGACCCAGGCACUGGAGUGGACUGUAAAGUGACAAGUAACCUGAACACCACUACUUGUGCAAGCAGUGACUGCUUUUUCGUUCACUAUUACACGAGUAACGGCACAGACGGGUAUGCCUUUGGCUGCGCCGAUGAUGUCAAGACUUACAUGGGACUGACCACGGGAGCAACCUGCAGCGAUUACACGACUACAAGCGGUAUGUCUGUGUCCACGGCCGGCGCGGCGAUCUGCCGUUUUAACGCCAAAUGCUGCUCUACCACCGACUGCAACAUCGGAGAAGAUCUCGGCAGCAACUCCUGCUCGGACAGUGGAGCUGAAUCGAUUUUCAUCUCAUGCACUCUACUAUUUAUUUCGCUGAUUGCUGCAUUGUUACGGUAAUUUGGUGAUCUAUCGCCUGAACUCGCCUUUUUCCAUUCCAUUCAACAGUACACUUCCUCAAAUUUAUGCCUAAUGCGUUUCUAUAUUGUUAGAAGAUUAUGCGAUUUAACUUUUUCUCAUUGCCAAACAUACCAAACCGUGGACGUUUUAGUCAAGGACAACUUUAAGUGUUAGUGACACUUUUUCUCAUCUGACAAAUUGAAAUUGCCUUCUGGUUAUAAAAGACUAUAUUAUCUUAUGCAUCGCUGUGAUAACUAUGUUCUAUAGACAUUAAGACGCAUUGAUGCAGCAAGUGCCUUAAUGAUGUCUGGCAAUGAGGAGGAUGAACAAAAGCACAGUCUAUGAUGUUGGAAAGUGAAUAACGACAGAGUGAUACGUAUUUGGCCGGAAGGCCUUUGCGACUUAUGACGUCAUUACCGCCAACUGACGACCGCGCAGCAUGAUUCCUCUAAAUGCGUUACAGACAGAUAAGCGGCGCUUGCAGCAACGCGAAUGUGUCACAAACUGAGACCACGUCUCCAGACAGAUGAAGUAUUGCUAUAAGUGUUGUCAUAGCAACAACGUUUAGCUUACAAGUCAUUUGUAUAUUUUUCUACAUUACAAGUACAUCAGAAUGUUUAAACAUGUUUUUAUAAAAUAUAUAU